AUGGCUAUUGGAAAGUUGCACACAGACAAUGGUUCUCUGCUUGCUCGUAAUUCCGGACGUGCCCAUGGUCUGCGCCUCUUGCUUAAUGUCCAGGAAGAGGAAUAUUCUCGGAGUCAUGAUAAAUACUUUGGAACAGGGUUUAUGGUGGCUGUUCACGCUCCGGAGGUGAUCCCAAUCAUGUCUGAGAUGGGCAUGGCAGUAGCUCCCGGAUUCCAGCACUUAGUAGAUAUAGGAGUGAAGGUGGUGACAGCACACGAGGGCAUAGCCGGCUGUGGGGACAGAUUCCUGAAGUAUAUCACUGGAAACUAUUCCCGGGAGGCAUGCAAGAUGGAGUGUGAGAUGGACUUCCUCUUGAACAUGUGUAACUGUAGGGAUUUUGCAAAUCCAAGGGAAGAUUUUGCAUUUUGUACCCUGCAACAGUACAGCGAAUGUUAUAUCCCAGGUAGAGCCAAAUAUCGUCAGACAGACUCUAGCUGUGAAGCUGGAUGUCCUGAGCCAUGCAGCUACACCAGGUUCACCACCCAACACUCCAGCUCUCCACUGACCAGGAACUACAUUGCUGCGUACACCAAGGCCAAGGGUAAGACUGAAGAGUACUGGCGGAGGAAUCUGGUUAUUCUGGAGAUGUAUCUGAGCUCUAUGACCUACGAACACAUGGAAAAACAGGUGGGGUAUGGGAUCCUAGACCUGUUCUGUGACAUCGGUGGAGCACUGGGUCUGUUGCUUGGUGCCAGCCUGCUGACAGUGUUAGAAGUGUUUGACUUCUUAUGUAUCACUGUCUUCUCGGUGGUGUUUGAAAAGAACAAAGUUCAUCAGAUUAACAGAGAGGGCAACUCCAAAUAA